UUGAAAAUAAAAUCCAUUUCACAUGGUGGCUAUAAACCCCACAAAAGAAAAUAACUCAUGUCGCUUGCUGAUAUACUGCAGGAGGGACUCCGAAAUGGCUGCUCUACAGGGUAAAAUACGCGUCCUCUGUGGCGGUAAGUUCUGUGUAAAAGGCGCUGUGAACAGCUGAUUUCAACAUUUGAGCCAAAAUUACUAACAACUUGCACCAAAUGAUACGAAGUUCCGGCAAGCUCAGCAGGUCCCGCGCUGAUAGGGUCCACGGGCUGCCCAUCAAGGAGGGCCGUUGCUGACAUACACUCCGACGGAUCUUCGGGGCCUAGCUCCGCCCCUUCCUCAAUGACAUCAUCAUUACUGGCCAGGGCUGGAACCACGGCGGGGAUGGAAGACGUGGAGCCCCUCUGUUCUACGGCAUCCGAGGUCUCCAGAGCGGUGUCCUCACUCAGGCAGCGGCGGAGCCAGUCCUCUCCCCCGGGGCCAGAAGCUUUAUGCAGGAAGCGAAGGUAUUGCAGUGGGCUCACAGAAAUGCAGAUCAUAUUGUUCCACUUUACUGCUUUGAUCCAAGACAUUACUUGGGCACACAUUACUACAACUUUCCCAAGACAGGACCCCAUCGCUUAAAAUUUCUGUUAGAAGGUGUGCAAGAUUUAAGAAACACUCUUAAGAAAAAAGGAAGCAAUCUGUUGCUAAGGAGAGGCCAGCCUGAAAAUGUGAUCAACGAUCUAAUCCAGCAGAUUGGUCCAGUUUCGGCAGUGGCUCUACAACAAGAGGCAACAAAAGAGGAGCUGGAUGUUGAGAAAUCGGUAAAACACGUCUGCACCCAGAAUGGAGUCAAGUUUCAUACAGUCUGGGGGUCCACAUUGUAUCACCGGGAUGAUCUACCAUUCAGACAUAUCUCUAGUUUACCGGAUGUCUAUACCCAGUUCCGGAAGGUUGUAGAGGCACAAUGCAAAGUACGGCCAACACUGCAGAUGCCAGAGAAGUUGAAGCCUUUUCCAGCAGGGAUGGAAGAGGGCUCUGUCCCUAAAGCAGAAGAUUUAGGACAACAAGAUCCUUUAACAGACCCAAGAACUGCAUUUCCUUGCAGUGGUGGUGAGAGUCAGGCCAUACAGAGACUGCAACAUUACUUCUGGGAUACGAAUCUUGUUGCCUCUUAUAAAGAUACUCGUAAUGGACUCAUAGGAGUGGAUUAUUCAACCAAGUUUGCCCCGUGGCUUGCACUGGGCUGUAUCUCUCCCAGAUAUAUAUUUGAGCAGAUCCAUAAAUAUGAGAAAGAAAGAACUGCAAAUCAGAGUACAUACUGGGUAAUUUUUGAGCUUUUAUGGAGAGAUUACUUCCGGUUUGUGGCUCUGAAGUAUGGAAGGAGGAUAUUCUUUUUGAGCGGUCUUCAAGAUAAAGAAGUUCCUUGGAAGAAGGAUCUAAAACAGUUUGAAGCCUGGAAAGAGGGUCGUACUGGAGUCCCUUUUGUUGAUGCCAAUAUGCGUGAACUAGCCAUGACUGGGUUUAUGUCCAAUCGUGGCCGCCAGAAUGUGGCCAGUUUUCUAACCAAGGAUCUUGGACUUGACUGGAGAUUAGGUGCAGAAUGGUUUGAAUAUUUGCUGGUGGACUAUGAUGUUUGCAGCAAUUAUGGGAACUGGUUGUACAGUGCAGGAAUUGGGAAUGACCCGAGAGAAAACAGAAAGUUUAACAUGGUUAAACAGGGACUGGAUUAUGACGGCAAUGGUGAAUAUAUUCGAUUAUGGGUUCCAGAGCUGCAGGAGAUAAAAGGGGGAGAUGUUCAUACACCCUGGGCACUAAGUAAUGCUGCACUUGCACAUGCUAAUGUUAGUCUUGGAGAAACCUAUCCAUUUCCAAUUGUCAUUGCACCAGAAUGGAGCAGACACGUGAACCAGAAGCCAGACAGAGGUGCAGCAUCGUCUCGGAGAGGAAAAGGACCAUCACACACACCCAAACAGCACAAAAACAGAGGGAUAGAUUUUUACUUUUCCCGAAAUAAAAAUUCAUGAAUUCAGUGGUUGUGGCUGGGACAAUACAAUGUUUUCUGCAGAGUGCAAUGGAAUUAGGAUAUGCUUAAAAAAUACACUAAAUAUAGCGGUCGAUAAUGGGAAUAUAAAAGAGAAGUAGUUCUUAAAUUACAUAACUAUGAAUAGAAGACACCAGGAAGACUAUCUUCAGACCAUGAGGAACUUUCAUAGUCACGAACAUGGCUCCAAAGUUAUAAACCAUUUUUAAGUUUUUUGUUUUUUUAAAGUUUUUUUUAAAAAAGUUAUCUUGGCACCAACUUAAUAAAUAGUACUUUUCUGUAAUACGCAUAAGGUUGUAUGGAGUGGCAGUGGACAUGCUUGACUGCCACUGCAUACAAAUUGUUGGUGAGGGGUCAUAUGGGACAUGUAACCUCCAUCACCUUAUACAAAACUUAUGUAUGUAAGAGCAUUCAUUUGAUGCCUUUACAGUAAGUAUUAAAGGGGCACUCCACUGGAAAACGUUUUUUUUUUUUUUUU